UCCAGAUGUGAUCAAUUGGAGGUCAGGAUUUGAAGGAUUCACAAACAAUAGAUUAAUAAAGGCAAAUGCUCUGUAGGAGUUUAUCACUGUAAAAUAAAUAAGGGCUAGCCCUGGGACCUGGACUCAGUGAACAACACCCGGCACGAGUGUGUGACAAAUUAUGCAAACUUUUUUAACGAUACAUUUUUAAAAGAGCUAAACAAUAAAGUAAACAACUUAACUGUUAACUCGCUCUGUUUGUACAGUGAUAAAAUGUGAAGUACGACGAGCUAAAGUGAAACGAAGCAAAAACAAAACUUAACAACAACAACUUUAGUGCAAAACUUGCCCUAGUUCGAAUUUAUCAUAAGUCCACAACAACACACAAAGUACACACAUAUACAACAUGAGCUCUCGAGAGGAUUAUGAGCGCCUGCGUCUGCAGGAGCAGCAGGAACAAGUCGAGUUGGAGCUGGAGAUUCAACGGAACCACACAAUGAGCUUGCACAGUUUUCCAAAACUCUCCGAGUAUUAUACACACAUGACUGCCUUUGUGUCGCUGGCCAUCUUUAUAGCCACAUUGCUGACCAUACUCAACAUUUCCAUAUAUCUGACGACUGUGAUGAGACUCCGUCGUCACCUCGAUAAACCGCUGAGGAUACCUUCCAUACUGAUGGUCAGUUUGUAUCCGGUUAUAUCAGUGGCUGCGCUGGUGACGAUACUGGUGCCUUCAUCCUGGUUUCUUUGCCACACGGUGAUGCAUGCCAUGUUUAUGGUAGGUGGCCCCAUCUUCCGGACCCUGCUCUUUCGCUACGUGAUCUCGGAGCAGAAUUAUCUGAAGGAAACAUCCGCAGAGCCGGUCUCCCUGAAUACACCUCCCGUCUGCUGCUGCUGUGGUUGCCUGCCCACAGUGAUACCGACGAAAGCGAAACUCUGCAUCUCCCGCUAUAUGGUCUGGCAGAUGCCCUUCUGGCAGGGUUCCAUAAUGCUGGUCAUGAAUAUACUCUACUAUCGUGAUCGCCAGCUGUACCAUGAAGUGAUGCUCUUCUUUAUACCAUUCAUCGUCGGAUCCAUUAUAUUGGGAGUUUGGUCGCUGCAGAUCACAGUGCGAAUGAUUACCAAGAUAAGGGGCGACUAUCAGCUGAGAAAGAAGAUGUUUUGCCUGCAGCUUGUGGUGAUGUUGUGUAAACUGCAAUAUCUGAUACUUUACGAGCAGCUUAACAAUAUUAAGAUGGGCGGCGAGUAUCCCAUCAAUCACACGGUUUAUAAACAGACCAUCAUUAAUAUUCUGAUACUGGUCGAAAUGGUUCUGGUAUCCAUGAUGGCACAGAGUGCUUACCGCACACCCAUUCAGGUGCAAAUAGAUCAAUCGAAUAUACACUGAAAGCCAAAUUGUAGAUUGA